GUGUGUCAAGACUCAACGUCAUUAAACUACUUUAAUGGUCAAUACUGGCCAAUGGAUGGGCGUCGCUAAAGAGACCAUUUGGUGUGUAAGAUAAUAAUGCAGGACCGUUAUAUCGUGGGUUUGUUGAAUGAUGUGGUUAUGUCAGCAAGAGUCCGUGCCCUAUUCCCACGGUUGUUAGGUGGCUGGCCUUAUACAAGGCUCCCACCCGCCAAAGGCCUCCUCAGCCAAACCUUUGCCUGUAUAACUGUACUGUGGUCCUCACCCGCCAAAAUCAAACCCUGCAAAACUCACCGUAGUAUACACCAAAGGUCAGUCACAUCUUUUUUUAUAUUUUAUAUUAUCUUCCAUCCUCUUCAUGGAUGCCCUACGGUAUUCACCAUCGCUCUCUACGUCGUUUUUCCGUCGUUGAGCUGGUGCAGAACUAAAGACGGGCGCCGGCCGUAUUUGUUUGGCCACCGACGCGUUGACGCGCACCGCGUCUCCCUGUGUCGCACUCGAUUUCCUCAAUAUCUCUCAUGUCAACGACGUGUUGAAUCGAUCACUCAUGCGUUUUCCACGCUCUAGAUGCCCAAAGAAGCUACGAAAACCAAGCGCAAGGCUGCAAGCAAAUCGGAGGGAGGAAAGGCCACUAAAGCCAAGGCUACCAAGGCCAAGGGCGGUCCUAAACGUGCGCUCU